AUGAGACAAUUUUUGAGUUAUUUCGUUCGUUAUACACGAAACAAGAAGAUGUUUGCUAUUGUGAUAGGGGCCACCACAUUGAUAUUUCUAAUAAUAUUGAACUUGACCAUGUUCUCUUAUGGUGGUGAUGUGGAAGUUGUCAGUGACCCGAAGGGAUCAAAGGGAACUUUUGACAGGUUAACAAGUCUUUUACCAGGAUCAUCCUCUAAGAUUACCGAUGAUGACAAGGCUCAGAUAUCAGAUAAUCGUCACACAAUAUUCGAUACCGCAGAACAUAAAUCAUAUUUGACUGAUCUAUUCACCGAACUUAUUGCGGUCCAACCAGACUUUGAUUCACUUCCAUCACUGUACCCAAAAGCCCCAGAAAUGGCCCCUUGGGACGACCAUCCGGUGCUAUCAUACAAUCAUUUAUCAGAAAAAUAUUUGAAAGUCACUGAUCAUCAAGUGAACAAUUUGAAAGAAAAACAUGCAGAAUUUUUGGCUAAGAUUUUAAAUAAGAAGUCCAAAGUUCAUUUUGCCAAUCAUGGAGAUGACCAAGAACAUUUUUAUAUUGAGAACUCCAAUGGUAUUGUUUACGUUGGCGGAGGCAGAUACUCUUGGUUUGCAUUGUUAUCCAUAAAACACUUGCGAAGCAUUGGAUCCAAGCUCCCAAUCGAAGUUUAUAUCCCAUUUGAGGAGGAAUAUGAAAAGGAAUUCUGUGAAGUGAUUUUGCCUUCAAUGAAUGCCAAAUGUCUUAAAAUUUACGAAAUUUUGGACUUAGAGGUUCUUAAGGAUUCUAAGUUUAAAAUCCAGGGGUUUAUGUUGAAGUCAUUGGCCAUUUUAUUAUCCAAUUUUGAAAAUAUUUUGUUAUUGGACGCCGAUAAUAUGCCAUACUUGAAUCCAGACAUUUUGUUCGUCAGCGAACCGUAUCAAACUUAUAAAUUUGUGGUUUGGCCAGAUUAUUGGGAAAGAACCACACAUCCUAAAUUUUAUGAAAUUCAAGGAUUAGACUUGAUCACCGAGAACUUGAAACUUAAGGACCCAAACACUGGACAACCGAAAUAUUCCAGUGCAGAACAAAUCAAAAGUGAAGUUCCAUUGCAUGAUUUGAAAGGAACCAUCCCAAACCCAUCUACUGAGUCAGGCCAAUUAUUGAUUUCUAAAAAAGCCCAUGCCGAUGCGAUCUUGUUAUCAUUAUACUACAACAUGUACGGACCAAAUUACUAUUAUCACUUGAUUACCCAAUGGGCCCCAGGUCAAGGUGAUAAAGAUACGUUCCUUGCUGCUGCCAAUUUGUUGAACUCGACGUACUAUCAAAUCAAGACUACGGUUAAGGCAAUUGGGUAUCACAAAUCCAACGGGGAAUUCAGAGGCACCGCCCAAGGUCAAUACUCACCAAUUGAUGAAUACAACUUCAAGACUUACCAUAAGAAAUUAUUGGCGAUGUAUGAAGAAGAUUUUUGUAUGCAAAAAGGUAUCACAAAAAAACAAUUGGAACAGUCUAAAACCUUGCAAGAGGAACUUGAGGAAUACCAGAAAAUCCAAAUAGAAACUCUAACGCAAUUUAGUGGGGAAGAGGAUGAGGAUAAGGCAUUGAAAGAUUAUUAUGCCAACGUAUUUGACUUGCCGAUUAAGUUAAUGUUCGUCCAUGAGCUGACUCCGAAAUUCGAUCCGUUGGACUUGAUUUUGAACAACCAGAUCACUAACGAAGAAAACACCGAGCGGAUCAGGUUCUACGACAACGUAUUGACUGACCCAGGUUACUACCUGUUUGAGAAGAUGCAGUGGCAAUAUAUUUAUGAUUUGCUAUGUGGUUCCGAAGAUGAACGGGUCCAUAUGGAAUUCAUUUCCAAGCAGAUCGAGAACUUUGGCGAUAGAUAUGAUGAGGAGAAGUUUUGCCAGGCGAUCCAAGACGAGAUUGAUUGGAUUGGGUCGAGGUGA